ACCGAAAUGAUAUCACCAAUUCACGUUUUCCGUACAGCAUGCACCAGUCGCGGCGUCAUGGCGCCGACGCCGUGUCCUUCUCUGCUUACAGCGUUGAUACCGAGGACUAUUUCGCCUUCUUGCCUAGUGAUGAGUCCAUGAGCGACGUCGAGGACGCUCCAGCGUCGCCUGCGACCUCUAAAACGCGCGAUCCGGUGGAAGAAUUGGUCUCUGUGUUCCCAACUUCGAGCUCCAUUACGUCCAGCAACAUUCUGACGCCCAUCGGCAGUUUAAACGGCAGCAAAUCAACGCAUACAAGGACUAAAACCCCUCGAGAACAGGUCAAAGCUCCGGCUCCAGGUGUAUUCGAGCUUGGAGGGGGUGAAGAGCUUAGAGUCUCUCCUCGAGCACUGAAGCAACACACAGCACGGAGAACGCAGCUCCAAGAAGCUCUGGAUGCUGCUACAGGGGGUAGGAGUGAUGGAGACUAUGGAGAAGCUCCGUUCCGAUUUAAGACGCAGCACAAGAAAGUGGUGACAUUCGCGGAGGAUAUGGACGUGUCGGGUGCAUCGCCAGCUCCGGUGACCGAGCGGAUAGAAGGCCAUGCACCAGAGAAGAAAAGCUUAGGCAGGCGACAGCCCGCAGCAAGGAUAGAGGACGAAUACGAAGAAGAUGAAGAGAACGAGGCAAUUGAGCCAGAUCCGCUGUACGACGAGCAGUUAGACGACGCAGACGAGCAGUGGGUGCAGACGAACUUGCGUGGGGCUCGUGCUACAAAAGAUGAGACGGACGCUACGCUGUGUUGUCCAUGCUGCUUCGUAACGGUGUGCAUGGUUUGUGAGAGACAUGCAACCUACACGAACCAGUAUCGAGCGACUGCAGCGAUCAAUUGUCGUGUCAAGCGUGAUGAAAUCCUCACUUACACGGCAGGUGAAGGCAGUCAAGUGCCAGCUUCACUGCCGUUCCACAAACGACAGAGCUUGGCUACAAGUAACAAGACGACUACGAGGGGACAGCAGAUUGCUCGGUUGCUGCAAGAAGACGAGUUUUACCCGGUGGCAUGCUCGGACUGUGGCACAAUGGUCGGCGUGUUCGACAGAGACCAGCAAUACCACUUCUUCAACGCCUUGCCCAGCAAUUGCUAGCUCUUUCCUUAAGGCAAAGAAACACGAUUCGAGCACAUCCUUAUAAUUACAGGAGGAAUUUGCGUUUGGCCUAUUCCAUCACCAUGUUGAAUGGCGUUCGAUACUCAUAGAUCAAUGCGCUGGCUUACGCGCAUCGAGCGCCAUUCUUACGCUUUCGACUUUUGCGAGGAUCAUCGUAC